AUGGUGCUAAUUUCUUCUUCCUAUGCCCGGAGGGGGAGUUGCUACACGGAGGCUGUUCUCGGCUCCUGCAGAAACCCCCUGCAAUUUCAGCUGACGAAACUGGAUUGUUGUUGCGCUGAGAAUAUCGGAAAGGGAUGGGGAAAGGAUGUUUGCGAACCCUGUCCUCAGCCGGGUGAAGAUGGAUACGAGCGAAUGUGCGGCGAAUCUCCGAAACGCCUUCGACACCUGAUCGACGAAUGUGCUUUAAAGCCUGACAUCUGUGGAGGCGGCGAGUGCAUCGAUUUACCGAAGGGUUACAUGUGCGAUUGCCUUCCCGGCUAUACCAAUGUCACGGCGAAAGACGGCAAUUAUUGUGAAGAUGUCGAUGAGUGUCGAGAGGACCGGAAGUUAUGCGAGAAUGGCAAGUGUCGAAAUCUUGCGGGAGGGUUCCAGUGUAUUUGCGACCACGGCUACAAGGUGUCGCCUGAUGGUUCAAUGUGCCUCGACAUUGACGAGUGCAGUUCCCGCGGUGUCUGUGAGAACGGCCGAUGUCACAACUCUCCGGGUGACUACAGCUGUAUUUGCAACCCAGGGUUUCGGUCUCCAAACGGCAUCCACUGUCUCGACGUGGAUGAAUGCCAACAGAAGCCCUGUGUCGGAGGCCAGUGCGAGAAUGUUCCCGGCAGUUUCCGGUGCAUCUGCGAGCCUGGAUUUUCUCUCAGCUCCGAUGGAAAAACUUGCCUAGACACCCGCGAAGGCUACUGCUAUGCCGCUUUCGAAAAUGGCAAUUGCCAGAAGCCGUCCAGGGCGAUCAUGACCAAAUCCAUGUGCUGCUGCGGGGCUGAUACGGAAACUAUGCAAGCGUGGGGGUCGACGCAAUGCGAGCUGUGUCCGUUGCUCGGGAGUGCCGAUUAUUCCCGCCUGUGUCCGUUCGGGCCCGGCAAAGGAUUCAGUGGCAAUGAUAUCAACGAGUGUUACCAGUAUCCGAGCAUUUGCGAGAACGGAUCGUGUGAGAACAUGGUCGGCACUUACAGAUGCAGCUGUUACCCGGGCUAUGCAUUGGAACCCAAUGGCAAGAAGUGCGUAAAUGUCGACGAAUGCUCCGAAGAACCUGGCCGAUGCCACGGUGGUCAAUGCAUCGACACUCCGGGAAGCUUCAAGUGCGUCUGCCCCGAGGGCACACAACUGAACGCGUCAGGGUCGUGCGAGGAUAUCGACGAAUGCGUCCGACACGGGUCGUCCACGUCAGGGCUUUGUCUCGGCGGAAACUGCAUCAAUCUUCCGGGGUCUUACAGAUGUACAUGUGCGGAAGGAUACGUGCUUGACCCAACCGGCAACAUUUGUCUCGGUGAGGCCGCUGCUCUCCCAGGACUUAUAUCGACAGCGAUCGAUCUCCCGGAUAAUAGAAAAGGAUCGUGCUGGUUCACUGUGCGGAACGGCAGAUGUGAAAAUAACGUCGACAGACUGAUUCUCAAGUCUGAGUGCUGCUGCUCCGUGGGACAAGCUUGGGGUUCUCCGUGCAAAAUAUGUGACAGGUCUGACUGUGAUUGUGACAUCGGAUUUUCAAAGUACGACGGCCGGGAAUGCACGGACAUCAACGAAUGCGAGAUGGACUCGGAAAUUUGCAAGGGCGGAGGGAAGUGCAUCAACACUGAAGGUUCUUUCUUCUGCCAGUGCCCCGAAGGCAUGUCGAUAGACGCAACAAGCCGGACGUGCAUCGACAACCGGGAAGAAACCUGCUUCCUGGACUUCCGCAACGGCUGCGCGGAUCCGCUGCCGGGGGUCUACAAACGAGCCGACUGCUGCUGUACCAUGGUCGGUCAAGCCUGGGGUCAGAUUUCAAUUCCAAUCCCGUCCCCGAGCACCUGUCGACGGGGCGUAAUUGAAUCGCUUGGUUUUGCUCGUCAUGCAGGCGACAGGUGCAAGAUGUGCCCGCAACCCGGGACGAAGCAGUUCGAAGACCUGUGCCCCGACGGGAUUGGGAUCGUGAACGGAGCCGACGUUAACGAGUGCGCUCUCAUUCCCGACAUUUGCCGGAACGGGAAGUGCAGGAAUAUCCGGGGAUCUUUCGAAUGCAUAUGCAACCCGGGCUACACGCCCGAUCAAGAGAAGCUCAACUGCGUGGACUACGAUGAAUGCAAAAUAAUGACGGGGGUGUGCGGGAACGGCACAUGCCGAAACAACGACGGCGGCUUCAGAUGCGACUGCGAUCGUGGAUAUGAAUCUAUGGAGGAAAUGCAGCCUUGCUUCGACUACGAUGAAUGCAAAAUAAUGACGGGGGUGUGCGGGAACGGCACAUGCCGAAACAACGACGGCGGCUUCAGAUGCGACUGCGAUCGUGGAUAUGAAUCCAUGGAGGAAAUGCAGCCCUGCUUCGAUAUCGAUGAAUGCAAAGCGAUCGUCGGGCUAUGUCGAGGAGGGGUAUGUAUUAAUAACCCUGGCAGUUUCCAGUGCAGAUGUCCUCCGGGACACGAAAUCUCGGCGGAUGGAACUACUUGCGAAGACAUCAAUGAAUGCAUGGAUAACAACGGCGGCUGCCUCGAGAUUUGUGAAAACACAGUGGGAAGCUUUAGCUGCUCCUGUCGAAGUGGUUACGAGCUUCUUCGUGACGGAAAAAGUUGCGAAGAUGUGAACGAGUGCGCCGUCAACCCGCGGAUUUGUCACGGAGGCGACUGUGUGAAUACAGACGGGUCCUACACCUGCUUCUGCCACGUCGGUUUCGUCCCGUCAGGCAACGGACAGCGAUGCGAGGACAUGAACGAAUGUCUCGGGAGUCAAAUAUGCGGCAAAGGAAACUGCAUCAACACCCUUGGCUCGUACCAAUGCGACUGCCUGCCCGGCUACGGUAUUCCCCACGGUGGAGACAAAUGCGUAGAUGAAGAUGAGUGUGCUUUGCGGAUCCACAACUGCGACCCGCACGCUAAUUGCACCAACACCGCUGGCUCCUUUUCCUGCAACUGCCUGGAAGGUUUCCGUGGAAGCGGGGAAGAGUGCAGGAAUAUUGACGAGUGUUUGAUGAACCAAGGAAAUUGCCAUCAGCACGCAAGGUGCAUGGACACGGAGGGUUCCUACAAGUGCAUUUGCGAUGAGGGUUUCGAAGGGAACGGGUUCUUCUGUCAAGAUGUGGACGAGUGCAAAAAUCAGGCUUUGUGCAGGUACGGGAAAUGCCAAAACUUGCCUGGCUCCUUCUAUUGCGAAUGCGAUUUGGGAUUCUCAAACCCCGUCAUCGAUGGCGAAGAGGACAAGCAAUCUUGCCAGGACGUAGACGAAUGCUCAAACUUCAGGGAAAUUUGCGUGAACGGACGAUGUGAAAACGUAAUCGGAUCGUUCAAGUGCAUUUGCGAUCGAGGCUUCAAGUUGGACGAGCUCAAAGGGAAUUGCACGGAUAUUGACGAGUGCGAGAACGCGCAACAAUGCUCGCAAGGGGAUUGCAAGAACUCUAUCGGAUCCUUCGAAUGCUUCUGUCCAUCGGGCUACUCUCUCAAUAUUGCACGCACUGCGUGUGUCGGUGAGUCUUCAUCCUUCAGUCCAGCAUUAGACAGACGGGACGAAGGACCGGGGUGUCCGAGUGCGUUUCCAGGCCCAGGAGACCAACCUGCGGUGAUGGAUCGCCGGGGACUCCGUGUCUUUGUCGCUUUUAAUUCUUCUUACCGCGUCUGA